AUGGCCAAGCUAAAACUCGGCGUUAAGACGGUGUAUUUCCCCUUUCUGGUUGUCUGUGGAAUUCUCAUCGGAACUCUUGUGCUCUCAGGAAUGCAGAAUGGUGUCAUGCGAGAUGUCUGCAGUGCUGAAGGAAAGCCCCGUGAGAAUAUUAUCCUCAUACAACAAACGAGCAGCGAAACACCUACAGCAGCUUUCAACAGGGAGAUUGAGGACAGGAAGCAGCACGUAAAUCAGCUAUGCGUCGCACACGAGAACGUCUCGUAUUAUCGUGACGUCAGAGAGCACCUGCUAUAUAACGUGGAAAGCAAUAUCGUGUUCUGCUACGUGCCGAAAGUGGCCAGCACGUUAUGGAAGACGGUAUUUCACUUGAUCGAUCGACAAGCUGGACAAGUGGAACUAGGGGACGAAAUCGUCCACGCGAAAAAGGGGUACAUACACACGGUACGACUUCCAUGGUUGGCCCACAUCAGGCCGUUCGCAAUGGUGUUUAACUUCCUUCACUCCGCCACGCGUGUCAUGUUCACAAGGGAUCCCUACAGCCGCCUCUUCUCCGCUUAUGUCGACAAACUCAUGCUGCCAAGCUUCUGGAAACCAGUCGGCAUGACAAUCGUUAAAUCAUUACGUCAUAAUCCAGACGCCACGUCACUGCAGUGCGGACAUGACGUCACGUUCGAGGAGUUUCUCCGCCAUGUUGUGGACAUCACGAGCGAACCGGAACUCAUCAAGUACGGCAUCGACGACCACUGGAUCCCCGUGUCGUGGAUCUGUCAGCCCUGUCAGAUGAAUUACGACUUCAUCGGAAAAAUUGAGACGUUCACUGAAGACCGGGACACCGUCCUGGCGGAGGUCAUGGAUCUGACGGACACAGUGCAAUAUCUUCACUCAAAUCAGGUGGGGUCGGAGAACUCGCUUAACCAGGCUAUAAAUACGUCCUGGUUCGCCGUGGUCAACUUCAAAAAGUGCGUCUCCAAAGUCGAUAUUAUGGCCAAACUGUGGCAAUCUUUCCAGAUUCAGGGAUAUUUACCCGUAUCCUUGCCCCUUCCCUUGGAGAUUCUCACUCAUUCCGGAACAAUUACGGACACUAAGGAAGCUUUUCGGAAGUAUGUGUUAGAAACGUAUGCCGAGCAUGGGCUGUCACGUGAGGAAGCAUCUAAACAGCGACGGCUAGCAAUGGCCAAGGCUUAUCAGUCCAUAGACCCCCAGGUUAAAAGGGACAUAGUAAAAACUUUUAAACAGGAUUUUGAACUAUUUAGUUAUGACCAACACCCCGUUGACUUAUACGAAUAUAACUUCAAGGAAUGGAUGCCAAAAUAA